UGCGCACGAGGAGGAGCUGCGCGCGACGGAGGAGCAGCAGGAGGCGCGGCGCGGAUGGAUCGGUUCGGCGGAGAGCGCCAUCGCCGACGCUGACGCGGAGGCGGCGCGGCACGGCGCGCGGGCGGACGCGAUUGCGCGCGUGGCGUCCGCCGAGGAGGCGCUUCGCUCGCACCGGGCGCAGGAGCGGUCGCAGCUGCACGACCUCGAGGAGGAGGCUGCGUCCAUCCGCGCGGCGCAGCGCACGCACGCCGACUCGGUGGUGCAGAUGGAGGCGGAGGCGGAGCUUCUCUCGCGGCAGCUCGGCACGCUGCAGGACCAGCGCGUGCGGCUCGAGCGCGACAAGCGGCUCGCCGCCUCGUCGCAAAAGUUCGCCGAGGCGGGGAAGGUUGCCGCCGAGCUCAAGUCGCUCGCCGCGCGCUUCGAGGCGGACAAGGAGGCGCAGGAGCGGCUGCUCGGCCAGGCGGAGGCGGCGAGGAGCGCGCAGGCGCACGACGGGCGGCGCGAGGCGGAGCUGCACGCAGAGCUGCGCACGGAGCAGCGCGAGCUGGACGCGACGCGCUACCGGCUGCUGCGCGAGCACGAGGCCGCGAUGCAGGCGGCGCUGCCCGCGGCGGAGGGGGCGCAGGCUUCCCUCUUGCGCGAGCAGCUGAGCAGCAGCCAGGCCGCGCGGGGCGAGCUGCGCGCCACGUGGGGUUGGGACGAGGAGGGGCGCGCCGCCGCGGGCGCGGUGGGGGCGAGCGACGACGACGAGGAGGAGGAGAACAGCGAUGGCGCGGGGAAGAGCGGGGCGGGGAGCGGCUACGCGUCUGCGAGCGCGGCUGUAUCGCCACCCGCGAUCUCUGCCGUCCUCUCCGCGCUCGCGCCAUCGGCCGGCACUUCGCAGGCGGUACUCGCGGCGCUCGCCGACUCGGACGAUUCAGACGAGGAGGAGGCGGGCGGGGCGGGCGGGCGUUGUGGUGUCGCACCGGCGAAGGCGGCGGCGGCCGGCGGGGAAGCGGUCGCAAACGGAAACGGCAACGGCAACGGGGUGGGCGCCGUGGCGGCUGCGCCGGCUGUCUGCCCUCCCGGCUCGAGCACGGACGAGCCAAGCGAGGGGUCCGAGGACACGAGAGCCGCGCUGGAGGCGCGGCUCUCAGAGAUGGAGGACCAGAUGCAGGCGGCGGUGGACGCCGACGACUUUGAGGAGGCGUCGCGCAUCCAGGAUGAGCUCGACGCGCUCAACGACGCGAUCGACGCCCUCGGGUAGCCCAUAUGGCUGGCCAUCUAUGUGGCGCAUGUGGGCCGCGUGGCGCCCCCGCGAGCGGGCGGGGCGCCGGCGCGGUCUCGUGGUGCCGCUGCGCGCUGGGCUCUGCUAAGAGUCGCGGGUUGCGGCCGAGGUCUUGUGUGUCUGUGUGUGAAGUCUGAAAGAUCCAAGACCGCCCGCAAAGAUGAG